GCGGCGGCUGGCUGCGGGAGCCGGAGCAGAGGUGGCGCGAGCCGCGCGGGGAAGCAGCGGUGGCCGCGGCAGGCACCUGUGCGGAGCAGGAGGAGCAGGGGUAGGGUGGGUGGCAGCUGCCGCUCUGAGCCGCGGAAGGAGCAGGUAUCUCCCAACUGGUAUCCUGCUGUUCCAGUCAACCUCCGGCUGCCUGGCAGGAAGGUAGUGUCGAGCUGGGGACACUGCUGUGGGCAAACAUGUGCAGCAACAACUAGAGGCCUCGGGACAAGUUAACGUGUGGUCCCAGAGUAGAGAGGAGACGCAAGGGGUGCCCUGGACCAUGGCAGCCUCCCGCCUGGACUUCGGGGAAGUGGAAACUUUCCUGGAUAGGCACCCAGAGUUGUUUGAAGAUUACUUGAUGCGAAAAGGAAAGCAGGAACUGGUGGACAAGUGGCUACAAAGACACACUUCGGGACAGGGGGCUUCAAGCCUGAGGCCUGCCCUGGCUGGCGCUAGCAGCUUAGCUCAGAGCAAUGCCAAAGGCAGCCCUGGCAUAGGUGAUGGUGCUGGACCCCAGGGCUCUGCCCACAGCCAUCCCACACCCGGUGGUGGGGAAAAUGCUGGGGUUCCUUUGAGUCCUAGUUGGGCUAGUGGGAGCCGGGGUGAUGGCAGCCUGCAGCGGAGAGCUUCGCAGAAAGAGCUGAGGAAGAGCUUUGCCCGCUCCAAAGCCAUUCAUGUGAACAGGACCUACGAUGAACAGGUGACCUCCCGGGCCCAGGAGCCCCUGAGCAGUGUCCGGCGGAGAGCCUUGCUCAGAAAGGCCAGCUCUCUGCCCCCCACCACAGCUCACAUUCUCAGUGCCCUGCUGGAAUCGAGGGUGAAUCUGCCUCAGUAUCCCCCUACGGCUAUCGACUACAAAUGCCACCUCAAAAAGCAUAACGAGCGCCAGUUUUUCCUGGAACUGGUCAAGGACAUCUCCAAUGACCUUGACCUCACCAGCCUAAGCUACAAGAUCCUCAUCUUUGUCUGUCUCAUGGUGGACGCUGACCGUUGCUCUCUCUUCUUAGUGGAAGGGGCAGCUGCUGGAAAGAAGACGUUGGUCUCCAAGUUUUUUGAUGUGCACGCAGGAACUCCACUGCUCCCCUGCAGUAGCACAGAGAACUCAAAUGAGGUGCAAGUCCCCUGGGGCAAAGGUAUCAUUGGCUAUGUCGGAGAGCACGGAGAAACUGUCAACAUCCCGGAUGCCUACCAGGACCGAAGAUUCAAUGAUGAAAUUGACAAGCUGACUGGAUACAAGACAAAAUCACUAUUGUGCAUGCCUAUUCGGAACAGUGACGGGGAGAUUAUCGGUGUGGCCCAGGCGAUAAAUAAGGUCCCUGAGGGUGCUCCAUUUACAGAAGAUGACGAAAAAGUUAUGCAGAUGUAUCUUCCGUUCUGUGGAAUCGCCAUAUCUAACGCUCAGCUCUUCGCUGCCUCAAGGAAAGAAUAUGAAAGAAGCAGGGCCUUGCUGGAAGUGGUCAAUGACCUCUUUGAAGAACAGACCGACCUGGAAAAGAUUGUCAAGAAAAUAAUGCAUCGGGCCCAAACUCUGUUGAAAUGUGAACGCUGUUCUGUCUUACUUCUAGAAGACAUUGAAUCACCAGUGGUGAAGUUUACCAAAUCCUUUGAGCUGAUGUCCCCAAAGUGCAGUGCUGAUGCUGAGAACAGUUUCAAAGAGAGCAUGGAGAAAUCGUCUUACUCUGACUGGCUGAUAAACAACAGCAUCGCUGAGCUGGUUGCUUCGACAGGCCUUCCUGUGAAUGUCAGCGAUGCCUACCAGGACCCUCGCUUUGACGCUGAGGCUGACCAGAUAUCUGGUUUUCAUAUAAGAUCUGUUCUAUGUGUCCCCAUUUGGAACAGCAACCACCAAAUAAUUGGGGUGGCUCAAGUGUUGAACAGACUCGACGGGAAACCUUUCGAUGAUGCAGACCAAAGGCUUUUUGAGGCCUUUGUCAUCUUUUGUGGCCUUGGUAUUAACAACACAAUCAUGUACGAUCAAGUGAAGAAGUCCUGGGCCAAGCAGUCUGUGGCUCUUGAUGUGCUGUCAUACCAUGCCACGUGUUCCAAGGCUGAAGUUGACAAGUUUAAGGCAGCCAACAUCCCUCUGGUGUCAGAACUGGCCAUCGAUGACAUCCAUUUUGAUGACUUUUCCCUUGAUGUUGAUGCCAUGAUCACAGCCGCUCUGCGGAUGUUCAUGGAGCUGGGGAUGGUACAGAAGUUUAAGAUUGACUAUGAGACCCUGUGCAGGUGGCUUCUGACAGUAAGGAAAAACUAUCGGAUGGUUCUCUACCACAACUGGAGACACGCCUUCAACGUGUGCCAGCUGAUGUUUGCCAUGCUAACUACUGCUGGGUUUCAAGAGAUUCUGACCGAGGUGGAAAUUUUAGCGGUGAUUGUGGGAUGCCUGUGUCAUGACCUCGACCACAGGGGAACCAACAAUGCCUUCCAAGCUAAGAGUGACUCUGCACUGGCCCAGCUCUACGGGACCUCGGCGACCUUAGAGCAUCACCAUUUUAACCAUGCCGUGAUGAUCCUUCAGAGUGAGGGUCACAACAUCUUUGCUAAUUUGUCCUCCAAGGAAUACAGUGACCUCAUGCAACUCCUGAAGCAGUCGAUAUUAGCCACAGACCUCACGCUCUACUUUGAGAGAAGAACUGAGUUCUUCGAGCUUGUCAGUAAAGGAGACUACGAUUGGAGCAUCACAAGCCACCGAGAUGUGUUCCGAUCAAUGUUAAUGACAGCCUGUGACCUUGGAGCCGUGACCAAACCGUGGGAGAUCUCCAGACAGGUGGCUGAACUUGUAACCAGCGAGUUCUUUGAACAAGGAGAUCGGGAGAGGUCGGAACUCAAGCUCACUCCUUCUGCUAUUUUUGACCGGAACCGGAAAGACGAACUGCCUCGGCUGCAGCUGGAGUGGAUUGAUAGCAUCUGCAUGCCUUUGUAUCAGGCCUUGGUGAAGGUCAAUGCAAAACUGAAGCCAAUGCUGGAUUCAGUGGCCGACAACCGAAGAAAGUGGGAAGAGUUGCACCAAAAAAGACUACAGGUCUCCGCAGACCCUGCCAGUCCCGUGAUGGCUGGGGAAGACAGACUGUAAACCACCCAGAACCGCUGCGCCACCCUGUGACCGGGAGGGUCCUCCGCAUCCUCACCGACUUGCUUUGGUUGAACGGCAACAUCCUAUUGGUUCAGCUCCGACAGUCUCAACUUCCCUGAUUGUAUCAGGAAGCACACAAGAAAGUGUCGUUGGCAGCAGAGGAACGAAGGAUGAAGGAUGGAGGGGGACAGAGAAUAUGACCCUCAACUUUUCCAUCCUGAACCCAUACUGCUGGAUUUGGAUCCAUGGCCAUCAGCCCCACUCCUGCUGAGCUGAGAGGACACCGUGAUAAGUGUCACUAUGGCUGCUUCCUGUACGGUACUUUUCUGUUAUGAGCCCUUCCUUUCUUUACAGCCUCUCCUGGAGCAGGCUUUCUCACCAGACAGUCCCGAGAAUGCAGAUUUGCGUUCUAGAUGUUUUACUUUUAAUCCUACUGCUUCUUAGUGAUGCACCAGGCCCUUGGACUCAUUGCCUAGUGGAUAAACCUACAUACCUUAAUAGUGCCAGGUAACCCCAGUCUUGAUUCCUACAGAAGUAGUAUAGUAGGUGUGUUUGUCUAAUUGGUGUUACACAGGGUCUGUAACUUUGCAGUGAGAUAGAUCCAUGGUUCACUUUUUGAAUUCAGCCUUUUGUAAGCAAAGUCUUUUUUCUAGGAGGAACAGAUUAAUAGUUUUAUUACAGGAAAGGUAAAAGGAGAUCUAAGGCUACAUGUACCACGAAUGACACGUAUGAACACUGGAACUGCUUCCAACAGUGAGAAAUAGUUCACAGGUGCAGAGGAACCCAGUGACCAAGCAUGGAAUAGUUUGAAGUGAAGGGGUUGAAGGUUUGAGGAUACAAUUUAAGGAACCACAAUUUUACAUUUUUCCUCACAUGUAAAAAGAAUAUUCUAGAAAGGCCAGGAAAUAACAUCUGUACAACCUAUUUCCACUAGGUCUAUAGAACAUGAAAACAAACAGUUUUAAAUAGAUGCGGUCACUAGAAUGCUGCUUUGAUGCCCAGUUCACCUGAGACA